GAAAGACAUUUCCUGAAAUGGAUGCUUUUUUGAAAGAAAUACACGAUGAACUAAGGAGCAAAAUGGUUGCUCAGGACAGUGCACUUCUCGGAAGUGAUUAUUCACGUAUCAGCACAGAUAUAGUUGAUUUAGUGUUGGAUAAGCUUUCCAUAUGCCAGGCCACAGACCUGCAGCUUUCUGAAGAUCAGGAUCUCUCCCCUGACAUAGACACAUUGACAACCAAAAUUACUCACUCCAGUUUAUCUGACCUUCUGCAAGAAAGUGCUUCCAAAGUCUCGGUUUAUGCAGACAUGAAAAGCAACAAGAGUGUUUUGAUAAAGAGAGAAAUAACUGGUUACCAGCAGAAAGAAGCCUUAGCAAAAGCAUCUUCAGCUCUGUAUAGACCUCUAAAACCUGGGGUAAUGGAUGAGAAGCUUUUCGAAGAUGCUAUCAAAAGCAAUGCCCGAUGUCAAAGUCCCACACCAUGUACCAUGGGGAUAUGCCACAGAUUUUUGGAAGAUCUAAUCAGCAGGCUUUUACCUAACAUUCUCCCUGCCACCGCCAGCACAUCUUCCUCUACAGAAAAGAAAAUGCAACUGGCAGAAUGUGGCUUGAUUCACAUGACGGUCAUCAGUAAAGUUAUAGCAAAAAUCUCUGAAGAUGAGAACUCCUCCUGCCAGCAUAUUGAACAUCCACAUUCCAGGGAGGAUGCUCGGAUUCAGACGAUUGCUGAUUUGGUCUAUACCAAGCUUUUGAUACAGUUUCAGUCUAAAUUCAACGUGCAGAAGUGUUUAAUAAAUGGGUGUGUGAUUCUUUCUGAAGCAGUCUGUGAUUUGGUCUUCCAAGAGAUAACUGGGAAUACAUUGCAGAACUCUCUUUCUGGAGAAUUACCACUUCAUGACCUUGCUGAACCUGACAAUAUUGUUGAAAAUACACUAAGAGAUGUUACUGAGCCUUUGGAUAACCCAAACAGUUUAUCACAAGAACUUAGUAAAAUAGUUCCUCUUAUCAUAGAAAAACUAACAGCAAAUCUUGUAUCAGCACUUUCUUCCCUCUUUCCCAUUGUGGGUUUGGAUGCAGAAAAGAUGUUGUUACUGACCGAUGCAACUAGAAAAAUACGACAUGCUGUGCAAGUACUCCUGUCAGAACAUGAGAAGAACGUGAACAAACAGACCAGUGAAAGAGAAUUCUUACACAUUGAAGACAGCCAGGCCCUGGGAGACCUCUUCCAUCCAGCUUACACAAGCACCGUCGAAUGUUCGGAUUCUGACAUUUUUGUUUGCAGAGACCUAACAAAUAGACAAGAUAUUUUCGCUCAUAGAAUAGCAGCUUCAAUAGCAAAAAAAGUAGACAAACCUGACUUCCAAGGCAAUUCAGAGGAGGAGACAUUGCCUACUUCAUCUUCAACAACAGAAAGUAUUAAGAUUAUUGAAAGACUCCCUACUGAUCUUGGCAUGAUAAAGAAGAUCCCAAAACCAACUUUAAAGCCAUGUAUUCCUGUGGUACCCAUGGCUACUGUAAUAAUUGAAGAACUCUCCGAUUGCCCCCUUAGUGACAGUCCACCAACACUGAGCCAAGCUGUGAUGAACCCAGACAGAAUUGCUGACCAAGUGUCUGUUAGUGCAGAGCCCAAAACAGGGAGUUCUGAAGAGGCAGUCCCAGGUUCAACUACAAAUGAGACCCCAACAGAGACAGAGGAGUUGCCUGUGAAAAGAAUCCCUCAUAUUACAGUCAAAUACGUACCCAUUUCUUCAGACUUGGUGUCUGAGUACUUACAAGUGAUUUCCAUAAAAGCAGAGCCUCUUGAGGAACUGCAAGAAGCAUUCAUUUCUCAAACUGGGGAUGGCCUAAGAAACCUAAGAGCUUCGCUGGGUGAGAAGUGCUUUGAAGAUGAAAGCUUGAGAUCUGAGGCACAGAGAAAAGACGACAGUCUGGGUAACAUAGGACAACGAGUUGUAAGACCAGGGGAGGCCAUCAGCAGGAUGUCCUUUCGAAAGCUGCUGAAGCCUGUGUUGAGCAUUCUGAAACCUCUUCAACCCAAGGCGGUCCUCCUUGAACAACUGGCAGCCUACUGUACUGAGAAUGAGGAGAGAGACGAGAAGGUGGAGGAAAAGCGUGAAGUAGAGCAGCAGUGGGAGGAAGAAGAGCUGCGGCAGACAGAGGAUACCUCUCUGUACUGGGGUAGCCCAUUGACUUCGUCCAUGUACAGUGAACAGUUAAGUGAGAAUGUUGAAGAACGAUCACCAUCAUUGAAAGCACAGAGAUCAGGGAUUUAUGCUGACAGGUGCCAGACCUUGGAUAUAGAAGACUCUUCCUACAUGUCUGAGUUGGAAACACUGUCGGAAGAUGCCGAAAGGAAAGAUUCUCUGACACCAGAAGAAAUGGGGGGUGAUACAGCAGCUGCUGCCAGUGCCUCAAGAAAACAGUCUUCCUUUUUCAAGAAGAUACCAAAUGCUCUCUCUAGAAUGAAGUCUUUUCUAUUAUGUUGCCUUCCACACCACAGAAAAUUUUGCAAAGUUGCACCAGAGAUUAUAGCUACAUGUUAAAUUAUUUGAAGAAAAAUAGGAAAAGUAUAAAUAGUGUUUAGAAAAAAUGUGAUCUGGUGGGGGCUGCUAAUAGUACUUUGUGAUUGUUUGCAACUUCAUUCUCAUGUAGUUAAACCCAACAAAGAGGGCAGACAGAAAAGGCAGACAGGAGGCCUACUCCACAGGGAGGAGGGAGGCUCCUUUUAGGAUACAUUGUUCAGGAGUUACGGUGCACUCCCAAGCAGUUGGCUGUGCCACAGGAUGGGUGUUGGAGAGAGAGGUCAGGAGCCAGCCCAACCAGCAGGUAGUGCCACAAAAUGCCUGAGAACUCCUUGCAAUAACUUGGAAGACCCACCUAGCAAGGGUGGGGAGUUAAAGCCGGCAGAUAGUGCCAUUUGGAGAUGGCAGCAAUCUCCACCUGGAAUCACAGGGUAAUCAGAAGGCUGCUGGAAUCACCGGUGUUGACACGUCAUUGUCAGCACCAGUAGAGGGAACAAUUUUCUGAGUCUCUAGCUACAGUGACUGGGGUUUAACUCAAGCUCUCUGAGCAGAAGAGCAGCAUGGCACAGCUGUCUGAGGGGAGCAAACCCCCAGGACUGAGGACCGGUCUGCCUUGGCCUGGCAGCAGGGAGAGGUGAAGGGAAUGUUGGUGUCUCUGCCAUGCUGGAGCUCUGGGCCACCAGGGGAGCCUUCAGACUCACUUCUAUGAGCGCCCGAGUCAUCUCUGACCCAUCUCUAAUUUGUGCUGCUUUUCCCUCAAGGGCUGGAAUUACUCUGGAGCUGGGGGAGAUAGUAUUCCCAAGGUCACUGCUGCUCACCCCCAAAAUUCAAAACUUGGGGGGAAGAGCCUGAAAGUUAGGGCUGGCCCCUAAAUAAUAAAGAUUUCUUUAAUAUGGGCUACCUAUAUAGGACUUCAUUGGCUUUCAUAUUAGAAUGCGUUGGAGCAGACGUAGUUAGUCGAGUCUGCUCCACGUCCUCAUUAGAAUGCUGCAGCAUCACCAUCGUGUCACAUGUAUUAAGCCCCCGCACAUUUUAAAAUGGCCGCAGGGUGCUUUAACUUAACUUGAUCGAAUGAAGUUUAGUUAAAGCAUCCCACAGCCAUUUUUAAACAUGCAGGGGCUUAAUGCACAUGAUGUUGAGGCAUUUUAAUUAGAGUGGCUGCCCAGGGACCACUCUUAUUGGACUCCCCCCCCCUGCCCCCACUGAGCAUGUGUAUAGGCAGCCAUGAUUUCUUUAAGCUCUUGCUUUUUGAACUCCCCACUCCGUAAGUGGGGACAGUUUCCAGGUUGCUGGCUGCCAUAUGGGCAGAACAGGAAACUUUGAUUUCCAGUCCCACCAGGAGCUUGCACUGCCUGCUUGAGGACACAGCUUCUCUACAACAAUGUUCUAGUGUAGAGGUUUCCAAAGUUUUUAUGCUGCAGCCUGGCAAACCAUAGCCCAGAAGUGGCCGCAGCCUGGCAAACUGUGGCCCAGCAGUCACAGCCGACCACAGCUGGAAUUUCCAGGUGGGGAGUGGGAAGUAGGCCAAGUCCUGUGCUGCCACAGGCCUUGCAGUAGGAUCCAUGGCCUCUCUGCCCAGCUCUAGGGGGGCACAGUUUGCCAGUCGGCAGCCACUUCCAAUCCCACAGCCAACCCAGCAUGGCCCAGCAGCACCAGGCCACAGCCCAGGUACUGAGAAUCCCUGUUCUAGUGUAAGCCACAGGCUGUGGGCUGCUGAGGCCUGUUCCAGUGAGUCCAGUUUCUGCUCUCUGCUGUUCUUCAUGCACCUCUAGCUUCAGGAGUGUUUCCCAUCCUUCCCCAGGCCAGGAAGAGGCUCCACUGAAACCCCCAAUACUCAUUCUCAGGCCUCUUAGCAGGAAUGGGCCUGCCUGACCUAGGGCUCACAGGAUGGGAUCACGUGGGGGAGUGGUAGUGUCUGCACUGGCAUUCUCUGUCAUCCUUCCAUACGAGUCAUGCUGGGUUACCAGAGCGAGGAGGGAGAGCUCCUGAGGAACCUAGGGUUAUCAUACAUCUUGGUUUUCCUGGACAUAUCCUCUUUUUUGGCCCCCUUUCCUCGUGUUCGGGUGGGUUUUUAAAAUGCAAGCAAAUGUCUGGGUUUUUGGUUUGCCUCUGCUUUUCCUGGGCAGAAGCACCUUGGAUGCUUGGGGCUGAGAGCAGCAGAUAAGGUGAUUGGCUGUCAGGGGUUACAUGCUCUGCACACGGGCCUGGCAAGAAUGUGUGUGCAUGUGCACAUGCAGGAGCUGCAUGGGCAGCAGGGCUGGAGGGACAGGGGUCUCUGGGUCGGUAGUGAAGGGCAUCGACAGUGCUGGGUCGGGGACAGGGGGAUUUGGGUCAGGAGUGAGGGGCACUGGCAGUGCUGAGGGGCAAGGGCUUAGGAGUGAGGGACAGGACACAGGCAUAUCACUCCCCCCCACAACCAUAUACUGCCCCCUCACAGGUGUUCUCCUUUUUGAUUCUGGAAACAUGGUAAUCCUACAAAAACAGUUACUUUAUCUGUCAUCUGGAGAAUAUGUUAAUCAAAUCCUGGAGUGAUAUAUUUUGCAUAUUUAGCUUACAUAAACAUCUUACAUAAAUAUCAGUGACUUGUUCAAUGUAAAGAAGGAUUUGAAUAUAAAUUCCUAAGUUCCAAAUCCUAGAUGUACACUUGGGACCUUAGUUCACACCUGGCUUUCAUAUGAAACUAUCACAAUGAAAAUCUUACAAAAAAGGUUAAAUAAGUAGUAAUGGGGUAAACAGGAUAGAUAGAAGGAAGAAGGAAGAUGUUCAAGAAAAUAAAGCUUCUAUUCUUAGAGAUCUGUUGGACAAAGUCUAUUUUGGGCCAUAAACCAUUAUUUAAAGCAAAAAAUAGUAGUUCACCUUUACCAGACAAAACAUGCAGAACACAGAGAUUAUGUAACAAACAGUUCUUACCUUGUAACUAUUAGAAACAAAAUAGUGUAAGGAAGAUUAAAACUGACUCAAUUACCAAAGGGCAGAGUGGAGAAGAAGCAAACGAUGGGUGUGGAAAAGACUGAAGAAAAUUGAUUUUUUUGACAGACCUGAAAACUUAGCAGCAUUUAAAUUAUUUGAAGGCAAUCCUUAUUGUUAAUACCACCUACUAUAAAGGUUUAUUGAUACAGGGCAAACCCCCCCCGCCCCCCCGUUACUGUAAUACUGAAAAUUCUCAAUAAAA